AUGGAAAUUGAAGAGGAUGAAGAACAGUGGACAAAAGUGAAAAUGAUAAAGUCAAGUGGAAGUUUCAAACCAAUGCUUAAGUUACAGGUCGGAGAGACUACUUCAUAUGCAACAAAUCGAGAAAGCGUGAUUCACAGAAAUGUUGAGACUUUGGAGGAAACACAUCUGAUCAGGAGCCGAGGAGUGGGUACGGACGCUUACUCUGAGGAACAUUCUUCUUCUGAAAUCAAAUCUUAUACGGUAGCGCAACCACCAAAAUUUGUUCAGCGCCUACAGUGUGAUGUUCCACUAGUGAUUAAAGCUUUUCGAGUUUUGGCGACCGACACUUUGACACUAGUUGUUGAAGUGGUCAGCAAUCCGCCAGCAAUCUUUGAAUGGUACUGUAAUGACAAACCAGUUAAGCAAGAUCGUCGGCGAUUUAAAAUUCGGCAUGGAGUCAACAUCACAACACUAACUGUUGAGUGCCCCGAACAAGGUGUAUACAAGUGUACCGCAACUAACCCAGCGGGUAUUUCAACAACAUACGGUUAUGUUACUGUAAGCGAACCACCGCGGUACAAAACUUGGGCGGAGCAGAACUCAUCAUUGGUGACAGAAGAAGAAGAAGCUAUUAUUGAGGAGGGAAUAGAAAUUGUAAAAGUCGAUAUGCCGCCAAAAUUUACAACCCAGAUCCCGAAUUUAACCCUGAAGCCCGGCAUAGAAGCAGUUAUUGACGUCGAGGUUAAAGCAUCACCACCUGCCAGUUUUAAAUGGUUUGUCAAUGGCAUCGCCGUACGAGAAGCAGCGGAAAACUUUGAAACCUACUACCCGAGCGUGAACAGGUGUGUCGCCAGGUUUCCGUUUCCACAAAGUGGUGAAUACAUGGUUGUCGCCGAAAACUCUCGUGGCCGUGACGAAAGCAUUGGCUACAUAAAAAUUAUUCGAGGUAAAUUCCUUGCUCAUGCGGAAUUGUUGUCUUUUAAAGAGAUUCCUGUAAAAAAUUUUAUCAGCCUUGGUAAAACUCAAUCAAAACAAUUAUUUUUUGAAUGGGUGGUCGUUACAGAAGUUGCCGAUUACCUUCGACCCCCGAUCCCUAGAGAAAGCAAUCGUCAACACUUUCAAUCUAACGACUCUUUACAUCGCAAAGUUCAAGUGCAAAAUACUUCGGAAGAGAGAUUUGGACCAACUGGACGGGCAUCGUCAGUUACAAAAUACGUGGAUUUUUAUGAGGAAAGUACUUAUUAUCAGCGGUCUUCCAGUUUACCUCGUUCGUUACGGCGAGAUAAGCCUUACGAGGUAACCCAGGAAAGAAGAGUGGUGAAACAGAGUACUCAUGGAAACUUAGGGCAACCUAUGCUUCUCCACUCUUCGUUGAAAGAACUGCAUCGUUCUAACAUUAAAGAGACAAAUGAACAUGACCUUUAUCGGACUCAAAGCGAAAACCUACGUUAUGUACCUAAAAAGCCAGUUUUCUUGAACUCUCUUCCGCAAGAAAUAGUUCUCAGUUCAAAAGAAAAACUUGUUUUAAGCGCUGACGUUGAAGCCCUCCCACAAGCCGAAAUUAAGUGGAAUUUUAAUGGGUUUGAAAUCAAGUCUUCAAAGACAACGUCAGUUCUUAAUGAACGUAAUCAUUCAACACUUGUCAUACUACCCCCGGUUAGAGAAGGCGAUUAUACAGUCAGUGCAACAAAUGAUAUUGGAAUGGCCAUUAUGAGGACAAAGGUGGUGCGCGUCAAAGAAAUCCAGAGUGAGAUUACCACAAAAGGUUUUACGAGUGUUAUUCCACAACAGGUGAUCAAAUCUCCUGAAAUGACGAGAAACUCAGUAACAGUAACAACUGCUGAGGACGAAUGGCUUAUCGUGAACGACGAGGACGUUUAUCGUUCUUCAACGGAGUCAUUUGAGACGGUGAGGGAGGCAGCACCUAAAGAGCGGACGCAUGAAACAUACAGUGAAAAGCAAGUUACACAACGUUGGGAGCAGAAGAAAAAUGUUGAGUACGUCAAAGGACCAACGACACGAGUUGGGGCUCCUUUACCAAAAAUACCAGAAGUUCUUGAAUACCCAAAAAAAGAAAUUCGUCUAGGGGAAGGUGAAUCACUCCAGCUGCACGCAAAAGUUGAUGCGCACCCACCCGUGACCUUCCAGUGGUUCUAUAACAAUUUUGAGUUAAAACCUUCUCGCCAAGUAAUUAUUGAACAGCCGUUGCGUAAUGAAACAAAGCUGAUUGUCACUCAACCAGCUAGCGGAUAUUACAAGAUGGUUGCAUCCAAUUCGCUGGGCAGUUGUUCAACAACAACACGUGUGGUUACAACAACAGUUGAGGAACUAAACACAGAGACAACACGGUAUGUCAUUUCACAAAAAACUGAACGGGAUCAGCAGCCGAAAUAUACACUGGUGCGUAAAGGCCCUACAGAACUAAGGCAAGACCUACCAAGUGCACCAAAAAUAACUGAGAAGUUACCGCCAGUCAUUAAGGUGGCCGAAGAAACACCAUUAGUUUUGGAAGUAACUGCACAAGGAGUGCCCGAACCCAAAUUUACUUGGCUUUUUAACAAUUUUGAACUCAAACAAAGCUCUACUGUAAGGAUUGAGAAUGUGAAUACAAAUACAUCAAGGAUUUUCAUAGAAAAGCCGCUUAGUGGGAGAUACGAGGUUUAUGCAGAAAACAGUCUUGGGAGAGAUUCCACGUCGACUAAACUGUUAGUGGAACGUAUUAGUGAAAGCCAGCAAGACACAGUUCACUAUUCACUUCAAGCUGAAAUAGCUAUGGCUCCAAAAAUUGUGGAGCCAUUGCAGUCAGAAACAAUAAUCAGUGAUGGUCAGAGCGAGUUUUGCCUCUCUGUAACAUUUACUUCAAAAUUACCAGUCAGUUAUCAGUGGUUUAAAAGUGGAAGUCUUUUAGCGAAUAGCAUAGAGCAUCAAAUGACAUUUGAGAAAAAUAGAAUUUCGUUAUUUGUUCGAAAGCCUGUCACUGAACCGACGGUUUAUGAAGUCAGGGUCACUAAUUCUGCUGGUAGUGAUGUAUCACGGACGUUAGUUCACAAACAGUACGCAGAGGAACCAAAGGUACCUGAAGGGGCACCAAGAUUUAAGAAAAUAUUUAAGUCGCUGAAUAUAGAAGAAGGAUCUCGGAUGCAUAUAACGGUUACGCUUGACGACAAGACCAUGGCUAGCCGGUUUACUUGGUAUUUAAAUGGGAAAAAUUUGAGCGAUUUAGAAGGUUGCCACAUAAUUUCAAGUUCUCGGGAAUCUUCCUUAUCUAUCGAUAAGGUUAAUUUAAGUACAAAUGGCGAGCUAUGCGUUGUAGCUAAAAACCAGUAUGGGUCAGCUUUGUGCGCUGCCGACGUUUCCGUUAUAAAAAGUUAG